AUGGUUGUUUCCAAUCUGCCGCCCGAGAUGGCGAAUGGCGCACCCGAGCAUUCUGCCGUCAGCCCUAACCUGCCGCCCGCUACCGCCAGUCUUUCGUACUGGCAGCGAACUACACGAGCAUUCAAGUACUUGAAUCACAAUCAAACCAACACUCUUCCUACCGCUUCUACUCAUGUCAUUAUCGGUUCUGGCCUGGCAGGAGCCUUGGUGGCGUACAAUCUCCUUGAACGCGGGGUUCAAGGCCAAGAAAUCCUUGUCCUCGAAGCUCGCGAGGCCGUUUCUGGAUCUACUGGUCGCAAUGCCGGCCAUGUCCGACCAGAUGCUUUCCGAAACUUCUCAGGCUAUCAGGCCUUUCAUGGGAGCGAGCAGGCAUUAAAGAUUGUCGCUGCCGAGGAGGCGAAUCUAAAGCUUAUAGCUGCAUUCAUUCGGGAGAAGCAGAUCCAAUGUGACUUCAACUUUACCACCACAUUUGACGUGUGCCUGGGACCUGACGCCGUUGAAGAUGAGGAGAAGAACAUUAAAGACUAUCUUGAUGCCGGUGGCAAUCUGGCGAGCCUGGGCGUCAAAUGCUGGUACGGAGCUGCCGCAGAGGAGAAGAGCUUGUGCUCGGGUGCCUCAGCCGCGUAUGAAUGGCCGGCUGCGUCGAUCCAUCCUGUCAAGCUCGUCCACUGGCUUCUCGAGCACGUAAUUGACCGGGGCGUUCAAUUUUGGACGCAUUGUCCGGUAGACAACGUACGACGGGACAGCUCCAAGCUUCAUGUGCAAACCUCCCGGGGCGUCAUCGCAGCAGACAAGGUGGUUCACUGCACCAACGCAUACGCUGGAGGUAUCCUGAGCCAAUUGACAACCGAGAGACUCACGCCGUUUGCGGUUCAGGUCGCAUCUGUCAUUCCCUCUUCGGCGGCAUCUGGCGACAAGGUCUUCAAGAGCACCAUGGCGCUGAGAGAAGACGCUCGCAUGUUUUACGGUUUCGCUCAGAAGCCGCUGGAUGGAACCAUCAUUGUGAGCGUUGGUAGACCUGUUGGAAAAGGCGUUCAGGCCGAAGAGUCGCAGACGCCACAGGUCGCAGAGGAAAUCGUCCAGAGAAUAUCCAAGCUUGUCGGGCCUCAUAACGAGCCGCAAAGGUCCGGGGAGGGUCUGGACACAACUUGGACCGGCCUCAUUGCUUUCACGCCUGACAAGGUACCUUAUGUAGGCGAGAUUGAUGAGCUGCCUGGGCAAUACAUCUGCGCCGGCUUCAACGGUCACGGCAUGGCUAAUAUUUUUACCUGUGCCAGAGGCAUCGUCGGUCUGUUAUUGGGUAGACCAUGGGAAAGCACGCAGCUUCCAGAAUGCUAUCGCUACAGCCGAGCGCGACUCAAUAAGACUGGCUAG